AUGUCUUCUGCUCUCUUGCGUCUAGCUCCAACACAAAUCCAAAAUUCUAAAUGCUCAAAACCUUAUUCACAUCGGGAUCUUUGGGGGCACACAGUUUGGUGGUUUGAGUUAGCUGUACACAGGGAUUUAAAGCGAUUCUUUUUAUCAGCUUUCUACCACAUGGGUGAAUCUCACCUGGUCUACAACAUGAUGUCACUUCUAUGGAAGGGGAUCCAGUUAGAGACUUCAAUGGGGAGUGUUAAAUUUGCAUCUAUGGUUGCUGCCCUACUUGGUAUGUCUCAGGGCAUCACGCUGUUAUUAGCCAAAUCUCUUUUACUGCUUUUUGACCAUGAGAGAGCUUACUACCAUGAAUAUUCCGUCGGAUUUUCCGGUGUUCUAUUUGCCAUGAAAGUAGUGGUCAAUUCCCAAUCAGAUAACUACACUUCUGUCCAUGGACUUGUGCUACCAUCACGUCAUGCUGCUUGGGCUGAACUGAUUCUCAUCCAAAUGUUUGUACCUGGUGUUUCUUUUCUUGGUCACCUUGGUGGAAUACUUGCUGGCAUUCUCUAUCUACAUUUGAAAGCUUCCUAUUCGGGGUCAAACCCUCUAACUACAAUCAUAAGACGUUUUACAAGGAUACUGAGCUGGCCUGUAAGACUUGUGUGGGGCAUUUGUCGAUUCCAGCGACUGCAAAUUUUUGGCAGGGGAACUGUUGGUGGGAGUCAGGCUAGAAGUGCAACUGGCGUGUGGAGAUGCCAAGCAUGUACAUUUGACAACUCUGGUUGGUUAAAUGUGUGUGAGAUGUGUGGGACAGACCGUUUUGAUGAUGGACUGUCGUCCCUUGGAUCGUCAAAUCAGACUCACGACCUUCCUGUGGAAGAAUUACGGCGUCGCAGAGUUCAAAGAUUCGGUAGAUGA